UCGACUGCCGUGAAAACGGGAAAACGUCAUGACGUUGGACGCACAUUUGGAAAAGAAGCGCGACAUGAAAACUCCUGAAACGACCAGGGACUGCGUUUGUCUGCUACGUUUAUGAAACGGGGAGUGUUUCUAUCGGGAUGUCGCUGCUGAAGCCGUUCAGUAAGCUGCCUGGUUUGAACUCCGCGAACAUCUUGCUGGUGGAGAGCGAGGAGCAGUUUCAGCAGAGUUUAGCAGACGCUCUGGUGGAGGAGACCUCGUUCACCGUCAACGUGAGACUGGCCAAGAGUCUGCCUCUGCCCAUGGAGAAUGAGGAGAGCCGUCCCAGGAUAGACCUCGUGGUGUUCAUCAUCAACCUGACCUCAGAGCUCAGUCUCCAGUCGGCAGAAGCUUCCCUGAAGUGUUUGGACCCUGGAUAUUUCCUUGGGAAAGUCUGCUUCAUGGUCACUAAUGCUCGCAGCGCUGCGGCCCCCGUCGAGCGCCUGGACGUGGCCAGAAAGCUGGCAGCGUCGCUGCACUGCCCCCUGCUGUUUGCAGAAGAUCAGACACCAGACGGCGUGACCAACGCCACAGAGAGGCUGCUGACCAUCCUGAAGGUGGCAGCCGGCCUUGUUCCCAUGGCUACCGCUCUCUACCUGUCCAACCUGACCCGCAGCACCGUGCCCCCGGACAUCGAGCAGCCGAGCUUCGAUUAACUUUCUCUGGAGGGGUGUGUGUGUGUGUGUGUGUGUGUGUGUGUGUGUGUGUGUGUGUGUGUGUGUGUGUGUGUGUGUGUGUGUAUUUGUAGUAGUGGACUCUUCCAAAUGAUAUUUCCUUUUUUUUAAUGUCAUCAUUACAUGUUUGUGCUUUGGAUUUUAGCUGCAGAGGUACAGGCCCUUUUUUACAGCAGCCAAUGUGUCAUAGCAGGGUGAACACAGGUGUGACUGAUUUUAAAAUGAAUUAUGGUUCAAUUCUAUUGUCGCAGCCAUUCCUGUGAGCCAACAUGCACAGGAUGUUAAUUACACCUGUGUUCACCCGACAAUAACCCGUCCACAUGGCGGCAUCGUUAAGGUUAUCACUGACACCUGUGCUUUUCCUGCUAUAGCGAGUCCAAAGGCCUCCCUGCAGCAAAAGAUCACAAAACUAAGCUCUGUUUGGUUUUUGACAGCUGGAUGGAGUGGCUUACAGCUGCAUUAAAUGUCCAUUUCUUUAAGAGCCACACGGAUGAUUUUAAUUGUGUUUGGCUGAUUAGAUCUCUGAACUGCAUGUGUUUACACUCUGCUUGAUUGAAACGAUGUUUCAAUGGUAGCUCCUCUAAAUUUAAACCUCAACAGACGUGUAAUCAGCCAGAUUUAUAAUAAAAAAAACACCCGUGUGGGUGUGCAGGGCCUUUAGACUAUACUGUGCCGUGACACAGACUAUCGUGAGACUGCUUGUUGUAUAUCAGGGACAAUAAGAACCUGAUGCUGCACAGCUUCAUUCCAAACCACAGAAUAUGCACAAUGUAUAUAAUUAGAUAUGCUUUUUAUGUAUAUAAUGAUGCUUUUGACAGUGUCAACACAGUGAAAUUACAGAUUAAAUGUUGCUGUUUGUCACA